AUAUAGCGAAGACAAUGUCUGGAAGCUUCUCCUUCGUAAUCGUGGGCCACCAUGAUAAUCCAGUUUUUGAAAUGGAGUUUUUCCCAGCUGGGAAAGCGGAAUCCAGAGACGACCACCGUCAUCUAAACCAGUUCAUAGCUCAUGCUGCUCUCGACCUGGUGGAUGAGAACAUGUGGCUGUCGAACAACAUGUACUUAAAGACUGUGGACAAAUUCAAUGAGUGGUUUGUGUCGGCGUUUGUCACUGCCGGGCACGUGAGAUUUAUUAUGGUGCAUGACAUAAAGCAAGAAGACGGAAUAAAGAACUUCUUUACUGAUGUCUACGAUUUAUAUAUAAAGUUUUCAAUGAAUCCGUUUUAUGAACCCAAUUCUCCCAUUCGAUCAAGUGCAUUUGACAGAAAAGUUCAAUUCCUUGGAAAGAAACACCUUUUAAGCUGAACCACAGAAAACUCCAAAACAAUGUUACAACAAUGGAGUAUACUCAAGAAUGUGUACAUUGCAAGUAACUUCAUUAAAUAGCCUGGAAAACUUUAAAAAAAAUUUUGUUUUUAUUUUUAUAUUUUAGAUUCUGGAAUCUUGAUCCAUUGCCCAAGCUGGAGUGCAGUGGCUAUUGAAUGAGCAGAAUCAUUUGCUAAUUCAAGCUCUUGUUUAGCUCCGAAUGUCUUGGAUACAUGAGGUAUUUUGAAAAGGUGCAACCAGGUGUCUGCACAUCAGCCACAUCCC